AUGAAGACCAGAAGAAGUUAAGCUUCGGGCUUUAAAGCAUCUGGAAAACAAGAGGAAGAGUCAAAAUCAAUUAAGAAAGUCUAAUCCAACAAAAAAAGGACAUUUUCUGAAUUGAAAAAAGAGUAGCCUGAUGAAUCAGCUUCAUAUCAUUCUUAGAGACCAUCGAAACAUCCAUAAGAAUAGGGCAAGUCCUAAUCAAGAACAAAUAAGAGAAUUAAAAGGAAUACUGAAGAUGAAGAAAAGGUGAUAUAAAAUGUAUUGAAUGAUAAAAAAACUAAACAAGAAAAUUCUCAACCUUAAAUCUAAAAAGUAAAGAAUUCUCCAUCUAAAUCUCACAGACAGAGCACCAAAACUCCAGUCAAUAAAUCAAGUUAAAAACAAUAAAAUUCAAAGAAAGCCAACAAAAAUAGUCACAAAAGAAAUAGAAUUAAUGUAACAAAGAGUGGAAAUAAGAAGAAGGAAAACUUUGAUAGCGAUUAAGAUUUCAAUUCAUCAAGUGAGAAUGAUGAUGAGAGUGAUGAAGAGUCUGAGUUUUAAGUCUCUAAAGAUGAUAAGAGUAUCUCAGAGUAAUCAGAAGCAAGCAUUAUUUCAUUAGAUAAUGAAGAGUCGUUUGAAUCAGAUGCUGAUAGCUUUUCAGAUAAGAGAGGGAGAAGGAGACCAAGCAAAUCUUAAUCAACCAGAAACAAGCCCAGAAAUGCAAGAGCUAAAUAGAAGAAUACCAAUUCUAGAAUGUCAAAAAUCAAUAUUAAAAAUUAGGAAGAUGAAGAUAAAAAGGAAAGUGACAUAAAAAUUAACAUAAAAAAUGAAAACUCUUAAGAGAUAGAAGAAGAAAAGUAAAGCUUGUCUAAUCCUUAGAGAAAUAUGUACGAUCUUGUAGAUUAGGUAGGAGGGGGUCCUUGGUUUACUCAAAAAGAGUAUGUCAGAGAUAAUGAAGGCAGAAGGCCUGAUGAUCCAAAUUAUGAUCCUUCAACCUUGUUCGUUCCUGAGUGGGGUGAAUGGUUUAUCCUAUAUUAUCAGGAUUCACUAGUUUGUUCUAAGAUACUAGAUCUUUGCAUUCCACCAAGGUAGCUUCAGAAAAUGAUAGGAUUCCAUUAAAGUCAUCUAAAGGAAAAUAUAGAAAAACUUGUAUAGCAUGGUUUAAAAGUAGCAAUAGCAGAAUAAACUGAGACUAGUAAACAAAUGACAAAAAGAAUAUCGAAUGCAGGAGAUUCUGCUGAAAAUGAUCUCAAAGUUGUCAGAAGAGAAGUUGCUUAGAUUUACAGUAAAGGUACCUUUUACAAAAUUGAAGGAGGAAUUGAUUAUGAUACGAAAUAUGUACUAUCUUAUUAUUAGGACUAGAAAAACAGAUUUGGAUUUUGUUAUUUUGAUGUAUCUACCCUUAAAUUCUACAUUGGUUCAUUCGAAGAUGACUUUACACUUAAGACUUUUAGAACUUUAUGCCUUUAAAUCAGGCCAACUGAAACAAUCAUUCCUUCAAAUAUGAAAGAUAAGAAUGAGAGUAUAAUGAUUCUCAAAAACUCACCAGCUCCACCAUCAUUUUCCUAUAUUAGUAUGAAAGAUCUUCAUGAGGAUGACAAAAUUAUAGAGAAGUUAAGUAAAUACUUUGGGGAGGAUUAAGAAACAUGGCCAGUCAUUGUUAAAAAUCUGAUAUAAGGCCAAGGAGAAAUGAAUCAUCUAGCUGUAACUGCUUUUGGUUUAAGUAUUGUUUACCUUGAGUAAUUGCUUCAGGCCGAGACAAUUAUUCCAGUUGCAGAUUAUUAUACUUAAGAUGAACAUUAAUAAGAGAUUUUAAAGUCUGGUAAUAUGGUUAUUGAUGCCUAAGCUAUAGAGCAUUUAGAGCUACUUGAAGUUCCAGGUAGAACUAGUAAUCAUAAUGAGGGAUCAUUCUUUAACUUUUUGGCUAAGGGUUGUGCUACCUCAUUUGGAAAGAGACUUCUAAAGAGAUGGGUAGUUGGACCUUUAAAAGAUGCUGAUAAGAUUAAUUAAAGAUUAGAUGCUGUCACCGAUUUGGUAAGAGAGUAAGUUGUUAGAGACAGACUAUAGGCUAAAUUGAAAAAAAUUCCAGAUGUGGAGAGACUAUUGAGUAGAAUUUACACUUAUUCAGCCAAGCAAACAGUUAAAGCUAUCUAUAUUGAUAACCAAGUCCUAACUAGGCUUGAUGAGUUCUACAGCUUGAUUGAAAUUUUAUCACAAUUAAAAGAGAUCAUAUCAGAUAUAUUCGAUAAAGAUGUGGUAAAAUGCCUCAAAUCGUAAAGAUUGAGGGCUUUAGCAAUAUCAUCAUAAGAUGAAAAAAAUGAAGAGGAAGAAGAGGCUAUAUUCCCAGAUUUUGAGCCAAUUUUGAAUGAGUUUUAGGAUAUGAUACAGUGGAAAUCAAUUGGUAAGAAAAAGAUUCCAGAACCUGUUUCAGGCUUGGAUGAAAAUUUUGACAAAGCAAAUAAUAGGGUUGAAAAAGUAAAAGGUAAAAUUGACGAUUAUAUUCAGAUUCCUAGAAAGGAUCUUAAAAGCCAAAACAUUAACUACACCAUGGGAUCAUCAAGAUUUAGAUACGAGAUAGAUGUUCCAGAAGAAAUUGUGAAAAAGGUUCCUGAUCAUUAUAUCAAUACUUCAAAUGCAAAGGGAAAAAGAAGAUAUUAAACAGACGAGUUGAGAUAGCUGAUUGAAUAGCUUGAAGAAGCUGAAGAGCAAUUUAAGGAUGCCUUAGUGCCUUUUUUAAGAGACAUGUUCAAGAAAUUUUAUAAUUACCGAUCUAUCUUUACAAGGGUAGUUUAAUGCAUAGCUGAGUUAGAUUGUCUUUGUGCUCUAGCUAUAAUCAGUUCAUUUGAGGAUUAUGGACCUAUGUGUAGACCUGAAAUUAUUGAGGAUAAUGAUGGAGAACCAUAUAUUGAACUAAUUGAUAUGAGACAUCCUUGUGUUUAGGAGUAAAUGGCUAAAAGUGCUUUGUUUAGCUAUAAUUAACCCAAAAAGUUUGUUCCUAAUGACUGUGUGAUGGGAAAUCUUAAAGCAAUGAAUAACAAAAAUCCAAAUAUCAUCCUUAUUACUGGUCCAAACAUGGGUGGCUGCUAUGUUCCUGCAUUAUCAUGUAAGAUGACCAUAGUUGACAGAGUUUUCACAAGGAUUGGUGCAAGUGAUAGAAUACUUGAGAAUAAGAGUACAUUCUUUGUUGAGUUAGAGGAAACUAAAACUAUUGUUGAAUAGGCUACUAAAAAUUCAUUAGUUAUUAUGGAUGAACUAGGCAGAGGAACUUCAACUUUUGAUGGAUAUUCUAUUGCACAUUCAGUUUUGUCUUUUCUAGCAAAUAAGGUAAAGUGCAGGACAUUAUUCACAACUCACUAUCAUAUGCUCGUUGACGAUUUCGUACACAUAUAAGAUAAAGUUGGCCUUUAUCAUAUGAAAUGUGACUACAAAUAGAAUGAGCAAAAGGUAUCAUUUUUAUAUAAGUUUGUACCAGGAGUAGCUCCAUAAAGUUUUGGUAUAUAUGUGGCUAAGCUAGCAGGUAUAAAUGACAAAGUAUUAGAAGUUGCGAAAGUAAAAUCAGAUUAAUUCAACACAAAAAUCGAUCAAUUAACAAAAAAAGUUAGAGAGAUUAGAUAAUAAUGA